CCAAAUGUCUGUCAGCCCGAGACUCACCGUCCGUCCUCCACUUCAACUCGGCCUGACCGGCAUGUUAAGUCGGGCACAAAACACAAUCACCCGAGUCGGACUUCGAAGACGAGGCAACAUUUGCCAGAUUUCGAAGCCAAUUUCGCAAAAUCCUCGAAGUGAUCGCAGCCUCGAUCAAACAAGAGGGAUGUUCUGAGUAUCUAUGGUCACGUCCUGACGC